GUUGUAUUCCCUGGCUUUGAGCUACUCGACGUUUUUGGACCCAUGGAGAUCUUGACAGCGCUUUCUGUCUUCUACAAGCUCUCAUUGUCCAUCAUUGCUGCAGAACCUGGUCUAGUGUCAGCUGGAAUCCCCCCUUUUGCACAUAUGGCCGGAGCCCCUGAGUCGGAUUUUGGAUAUGUCAUAACGCCUUCAAUCGAAGCUACACAUUCAUUUGACAAUGCCCCACCAAUCGACAUCUUGUAUGUGCCAGGUGGGUUGGGAGUCGUCACCCUUGACCAGGAUAACGACACCUCUAUUGAAGAUUUUAUCAAUUUGCGGUAUCCGAGAGCGGAAUAUUUGGUCGGCGUAAGCUUUGGCGUUGCUCCCCUUGCAAGGUCGGGUGUCUUGAAUGGGAAAAGGGCUACGACAAACAAGUCAGGCUGGAAAUGGAUCACAGCGCAUGGUGAAAAUAUUACCUGGGUGCCGCAGGCGAGAUGGGUUGAAGACGGUAACAUAUGGACUACCUCUGGGAUGGCUUCUAGUCUGGACGCUACUUAUGCACUGUUUGAGAUGCUGUAUGGCCCGCGAACCAUCAAUUACAUGACGAACGUGAUUGAAUAUGCUCCUCAUCUUGAUCCUGAAUGGGAUCCUUACAGUGCAGUUUUCAACGUGCCGGGAUCGGAUGGUAAUGCAACUGCGGCAGAUUGUGUUGCUCCUCUACCAGUAGUUAGAUAA